AUGGAGGCGCAUCUGAGAGUUGUUGGCCCAAUGAACGGGAAAUUUGUAUUUCAUAAACGCCCCGACGGCACCAUUGACAAAGGUAAAGUGGUCUGCCUAGAGUGUAAGGAGGAGUUUGCUUACCACCGAAGCAGCUCAAGUUUGGCCUAUCACCUCAACGCAAAGCACCCAGCCGCGAGUGCAGCAACAGCUAGCAGUGAAGACAAACCAGGCACUUUGCUGAUAAAUGCGCCCGAACAGUUCCUCAAGGUAGCAAAUGACUGGGGUAUUGAAAACAAGAUAUCCACCAUUGGCACAGACAGCGCAGCAAACAUGCUGGCUGCUAUGAGAGCACUUCCAUAUGAGCACAUCGCCUGCAAUGCUCACAUUCUCCAGAGGACCAUCACGGUAUGUCUCGAUAGCAGUGGUUUUGUUGGUGUACUGGCAAAGUGCCGCAAGAUUGUUGGUCAUUUUAAACAAAGCCCUGCGAGUACCACAGAACUUAACCAACAACAAGUAGCACUCGGAAAGAAGAGCGAUCAACUUAUACAGGAUGUACCCACCAGGGGAACUCGACUCUCGCAAUGGUCUCACGCCUCCUAUGUAACCGAGAGGCUGUCCAGGCUACGUUGGACCAACAGAACCACAGGUCGGUCUUGCCAACCCGAAGCUGAGUGGGCGAAACUGCAGAGGCUGGAGCUCCUGCUUGAACCAUGCAAGUAUGUGACAGAGCUGCUGGGUGGUGAGGCCUACGUCUCUUGCUCUGUAGUGCUGCCUGCUUUUCGCCAUCUGUACCGUGUCAUGGACAUUACUGAUGAUGAUCCUGCCUACGUGGUGAAGUUCAAGAAUGCCUUCCAGAAGGAUCUGGCAGCACGACGAGCUAAUGGCAACGAGAUAUGGUUCGAGGUGGCCACAGCAUUGGAUCCACGGUUUAAGGAUUUGAAAUGUCUUCCAAGAGAAAAGAGGGAACAGGUGUGGACCAUUCUGGAGAAUAUGCUCCAGGCAGCAGAGCCCAGAAGAGCAGAUAGUCUCCAGCCCUCCACAGAGGAUGAUGGACCAGCUCAGAAGAAGAGGAGGAGCGAACUCCUUCUGGGGUCUGACUCUGACUCAGAAGAUGGAAUUGAGUCUGGAGAGCUGCAGCGCUACAGAGCAGAACCCAGCAUCAGUAUUGAUGACUGUCCCCUGCAGUGGUGGUAUGCUCACUCAGGAGUCUAUGAAAAGCUGUCAGUCCUAGCACAAAAGUACCUGGCCUCCCAGCUACCUCUGUACCCUGGGACUAUCCGGAGCAUUACCCGGUGCUCUGAGGUUGUUUUGGCCUCCUGUGAGCAGCUACCCCCGGGCAGUGAUUUAAAGCAGGAGUGGGGAAAGUCUCAGAGCCACACGCCAGGCGCACUGCUUCACCUGCGACACCGUGAGCUUUGGUCACAGCGGCAGUCACCUGUGCGUACCCCAAAGACGAGCACAGACGAGGGCAGCCUGCCUCUCUGUCUCUGGCUGCCUGAUUCGUUACUCUUGGUGUUUGACGAUGAGAUCGGAGUAAAGUGGAACAAUCUGCUUUCUCUUCUUUGCACAGAUGACGCCAUUCCUGUGUCCUCCGGCAACGGCUCCUCUCGCACCGCCAGUCGCAGGAAGAGGACCAGCUUCUCCAAAGAACAGGUGGAGCUGCUGUGCGCCACCUUUGAGACUGACCCAUACCCUGGAAUCACCAUCAGAGAGAGCCUGUCCCAGACCACAGGCCUGCCCGAGUCCCGCAUCCAGGUGUGGUUUCAGAACCGAAGAGCUCGCACCCUAAAAUCAAAAGGAUCCAGCAAAGCUCAGAGCCCAGCGCAGUGUCCACAGGCUUGCCGCCACACACAGGCCUAUGGACCUCAAAUGCAGCAGGUGUUGAACAAUGGACAGUUUCCUCCUGCCUUCAAUGCCACCGGAGCGUAUGGACAGUGUGGAGUCUCGUAUGGGAUUGAACCAGGAGGCUCAAUGGGCAGUAACCCCAGCUUAAACCUGUGGGAGUACACAGGCUGCCAAAACGUCACUGGGGUGCCUGCGUGGCGUCAGCCUUCCGUGGAGAUGGUAAGCUACAACUCAAGCUCCAGCCAGGCAGCCUCCAUGCACCCUAGUUCAGACAUACACGAGCUCCUUCAAAUAUUCAAAGCAGAGACUCCUGAUUCUGGAUUCUUCAACAGCAGCCGAGAGUGCAGCCCAACGGGUUGUCUGGAAGUUCCGACCCCACAGAUGAGGAGUAUUGGGGAGACUGUAGCAGCUCUUGAGGACGGCAGGGAUGCAGGACAUCCGCCAGUGGUCCAGCAUAGCUCACUGCCAGUGCUGUCAUUGCAAGAUAUUAUGUGGGAGCUGAAUGAGGAAUGGCUGGGAGGAAAUGGACUGGACAACGGAGUCACUGGAGAGGAGCCCCCUUACUUCUGAUGGCUAUGAUGAGUAUUUUUAAUGGCUCAAGUGUUUGACGUAUUUUCAAAAUAUUUUUUUUUAAAAAAAGCCAUGUUUUUGCAGUAAUUACUACACAUUUUUAGGAUUGUUUUUUGAUUUUCUUCAAGUUUACUUAAAAAAAAAAAAAAAAAA